GACCAAACCGUGGUCGAAUAACAAACAACAACGUUGUGCAGACCCCAAGCUCAUGAGGAAACCCAUUCACAAACAAGGCGCAUCAUUAAUCGUCGACUUGACGCAUGGCGGCUGAUAACGCAGCCAAGGAAGCUGACCCCCAGACCAACUCAUCAACUGUGAAGAGACCAUUGUACGAGGGAAGCACGCAGUACAAGAGCUGGAGAUACUCCCCAGAACAACUGGAGCAAAUUCGCACUUCCCUCAAUGUGGCUGCAGUAUCGGUCAUACGGAACACUUUCGAGGCAGAUGAGCCUGGAUCGUCCGAGGACGUGUUGUUCCUUAAUGCAAAUGAAGAGCAGCUCCUCGUAAAGCUCUACAUCACCAAGAUCCCUCAACUAUGUGGGCAUUUUCGUUUUCCUGAGGAAGUGGAGGCGACCGCCAUCAGUUACUUGAAGCGGUUCUAUCUUAAAAACACUGUGAUGGACUGGCAUCCAAAGAAUGUGAUGCUCACCACACUAUUUCUUGCUACGAAAACCACCAACAACCCAAUUUCGUUGGAAUCUUACACCUCUAACAUCCCGAAAACAUCCAGCUCAGACGUUCUUGAUCUCGAGUUCCUGGUGUCUCAGAGCCUGAAUUUUGAGUUUGCAGUUUGGCAUGCCCAUCGCGCUCUCUGGGGCAUUUGGCUCGAUCUUCAGAGCCUGCCCGACGUAUCCGAGGACCUUCGACCACAGGAUGUCUAUGAUAUUGCCAUCAAACACGUCCGGGCCUCCCGCUUUACCGAUGCAGAACUCAUCUACACGCCCUCACAAAUCGCUCUCGCUAGCCUGGCUCUCGCCUCGCCAGUUCUCGCAGAAAGAUGGGCCGACUCGAAAGCGGUAGCUGGUGCUGCACAACCUUUUUCCGCAACCCUGGACCCUACUCUCGGAUCGAUCAAAUAUAUCAUCACGCAAAUGGGACAUCCUCCUGAUGUGGAAGCCGUCCGCGAGGUUGAUAGGAGGUUGAAGCUAUGCAAGAAUCCAGAGAAGGUCCCUGGUAGCAAGGCCUAUCUUGCACGGCAAGUAGCUGAACAACAACGAGCAGAAGAGAAACGCAAUAAAAAAGCUGAAGACGUUAGGAGAGCCGUCACUGAGGGUGGCGAUCCAUUCGGGAGCGAGCUUAAUGAAGAUGAAAAAGCAAAACAGUUGGCUGAGCUCGACGAGGACGAUGAUUAGGACAGAGCUGCUCAAUGACUAUA